AUUGAACGUUUUUAUUAUUAUUAGUAUAUAUUUAUAUUUCGUUUUCAUUUACAAGUUUUCCAUCGUUCAUAAUUUUAAUAUUUUUAUACCGUUUUAUACAUACAUAGUGUUUACAUAUAGACGUAACUAAAUGGACUUUCUCGUGACGUCGGCAAUUUAAGUUUGGAGCCAAGUUUCUGAGUUUUGACAGUUCGCGGGUUCUAAAUUUGAAAACUGACAUUUGUAAUAAAAUGGCGGACUGUGUGUCUGUCUGUGCGUCUGGGUUCGUCAACCUCAUUGUUUAGGAUGCUCAACUUUCAGAACAUUUGACGUCUGCUGUACCCAUGCGGCGGUGACGCGAUGUCUGUAGCGCCGGCGGUGAAGCGCGAGCGCGACUGCGUUGGUCCAGGUUCCAGUGGAGGGGAGGGAGAGGGAGGAGCCAGCCCGGGCCGCAAAAGACGCAAACAGGCAGCUCCUGCGCGUGCACACCCAGCCCCACUAGAUUUGCACACUAAAAUGGCUGACAUAUAUAAGAGUGCACUGGCUUUUGGAGAACUGACUCUUCCAACCUUCGAUCCGCUUGCUGCCUUCCGUCUUCUUCCUAGACACGACCCUCCACGGAUCUUCAACCCAGAAGCGUACUGCGAUCUAUGCUGUAAAGAGUUCUGUAAUAAAUACUUCCUGAAAACCCACCGAGCUAAUAAACAUGGCAUUUAUGAUGGAGAUCAACAACCACAUCCGGGCUUACAGCCUCAGCAGCUACAAACAUCACCUCCACGUCGAGCUUCUGACGAGGAAUCAGGUGGUACACCUCGACGACUGUCACCCGACUCAGCUCGGCGAGCGCGCGAGGCAGCUUUCCAACCUGAUGUGCUACGCAGACUUGGUGUUACAAAUCCAGAAGCGUUCUGCGAAAUUUGCUGUAAGGAGUACUGCAAUAAAUAUUUUUUAAGAACUCACAGGGAGAGGAGGCACGGCGUACCACCAAUGCGAUCACCAGUUCCUGAACAUUCACCUCUGGCUCUUACCCCACCAUCUGUAUCCAUGAUAACUACUUCUCCACACAUAGAAACGCCUCCUCGUGCUUUGUCUUUACCAUCUCCAUUUGACACAGAAGAUGCCCCAGAAGUAAAAAGAGAGCAGGAUGAUAGAGAUUUUGAAGCAGUGUUACGAGAAAGUCAAACCAGCCCACUCAAUUUAAUAGUUGAAGAGAGGGGUACGGCUUCUCCGGGUUCCGCCAGCGAAGAAUUACGUAAACUACAAACAAUGAUCUCACAACUAAACGAGCUUGCGGCUGAACGGCUAUCAGAAGAACCAAUGGAAGCACAGCGGCCACCUUCCAGUUCACCACCGCCUCAAGACGAGAGGCGUGGGGGAGGUGCAGGUUCUAGUUUUUGCGAAAUAUGCAACAAAGAAUUGUGCAAUAAAUAUUUUAUGCGGACGCACAUGCAGCGAAUGCACGGGAUAUCCUUGGAGAGUGGGACUCAGUUAGGCGGAGUGACGUGUGAUAUUUGUCACAAGGAGUUGUGUAGCAAGUAUUUUCUGCGAGUCCACAAGCACAACACACAUGGUAUACCGGCGCCGCCUGCUCCUGCGAAUACCGCCCCAGCGGAACCUUGCCCUCUCUGCGCUCGGCGGUUCCGAGGGCCUCGCGCAUUAAGGGCCCACCUGCUAGCAGAACAUGCCCCACCAGCCCGACCACCUCCUCCACCGCCAUUACCACCACGUCCAUUAGAUCUACUCACGCGAGACAAGCCUUACGCUUGCUCUUAUUGUCCGUUUACCACCGAUGUUCUCGCAUUUUUGUUCGCACAUGAGCGUGCACAUGUCCAGCGUGCUAAUGAGCAGCAUGAAAACAACGGGGAAAUGGAGCAAGAAGGAAGUGCUGAGCCAAGCGAAGGUGAUGCUGAAGGAGAGAUCGAGAGUGAUGCGUAUUCGUGCUCUAGAUGCGAGUUUCGUGCGGAAGGAUUUGCUGCAUUAGAAGCUCAUGUCAGGGCUGCUCAUGGUGGUGCUGGUGCAUUGUUGGCGGUGCCUCGAGCACCUAGGGCUCCGCUGACCAUGCAGCCGUUCGUGUUGGAGGAGGCGGGUGGUGCCCUCAGCUUGCUGCCCGCGCUCGUGUUCCUGCCAGUGCGGCGCAGAGCCACGCGACGAGCCACCGUCACGCUCACCUUGACGCCUGCCUAGUUCAUUCAUUAGAGCGGCUAUGGUCCUGGCGACACGUUAGCAACCCUAGUGUCUCGCCGGUGUUCAGUUAGCCGCUAUGUACCCUGGAGGAAUGUCAAAUUCUAGCGCCAUUUAACUCUUCAUACUACAAAUGGUUUACUAAAAUUAACUUACCCUGAAAUUUAUUGUGUGCUAAGGGAAGUUAAUAGCAGCAAAUAUACUUAAUUUGUUUUGAAAUUGUGAUGUGCUUAAAUUGUGAUGAGUCAUUCUCUCAAUUAGUGGCUGCUCUUGCAUCCGACAUUGACUGAAAAUGAGAAGUUCGUUUAAUUUUCUAGCAAGUGGAAGUGCCUAAAGAAUGAGACAUUCCUCCAGAGUGCCACGGUCCGAGCUGCGCGCGUCCCCGGCUGUCGACUACAGCGCCGACGGGCGCGCUCGAUCGCCGAACUAAACUACAUUUUACGCUGUGUGCCUUCGAGCGAUCGCUGAGAGAUAGACGUGAUCGUUCCCGAGGAGCUGCCCCGGCCGCCUGCCCGAACCACUCCGGCGGCCUUGCCCUCAAAUUGUCAGAGUUUAAUUCGUAUAAUGAGAAUUAUAUUCACGGGUGAUAUAUGAAUGCCGCUUAUGAAUCGGUUUUGUUGAUCUCCUCGACGUUGGGUCCGAGACGAGUUUUUGAAACGUCGAUUCGAUCGGGAGAAGAAAUACACCCUAGGAUUAGUUAUUAUUUAAAUACGUAUAUUAUCUGUGGGUUUGUACUCACGAUAGCGUCGUAGUACUGGUGCGAUGUUGAUCACUGAAGACGCGUCUGUGCGUCUCGGUGCCCGACACACAACUAAAACGCCGGUGUCGCGACCUGUGUGAAAUGUCACGCGACAGCGCGCGUAAACUGACAGUACAAAUAAGGUGCCACGCGUACUGCGACAACCACGCUACCUCAUAGUUUAAGCUGUUAUUGUAUAAAUAUAUUUUGGAGUUACAUUACACUAUAUAGUACAAAGUAUUGUGCGUUACCGCGGACGGAGGCCGCAUUUAGCUAUAUAAUUGUUGUAUGGAGUGACUAAAGCACAAAAAUACGUACUAUUGGGCAGUGAUCAACAUUAAACGUAAUUAAUUAUAGUUAGCUACGUGGUGGAGCUCGGUCUGUUACUUUGUUACAUCUACAUUACGGGUCAUUGUUUUUGGGACGCGAGAGCUCAGCUCCGUCUGUUCCUUUCGUUGGCCGAGAUCCACAAUUUAAUUUCUAUUGUAAUUUAUUGUGUAAUGUGUUAUUGCAAACUUCUAUGGUGUCUUUUCUAUUUAACAAUAAGUAAUAAUUCUUAUAGAUACGAUACCCUUCGUGACCAAAAAUGGUAGUCAUCACUUUUUCUUUUCUUAUCUACAUAAAUCUUUACUACCAAUAAUUGAAAAUUAAACUAUAUAAUGAUGAUUUUUUUUUCAAUUUAAUUGAAAGCAAAGGUAAGGCAAAUAUAUACAGUAUUUUCUCGUCCUUUUGUUUGGCAAUCACUAAUAGUAGAACCUAAUACAUAAUUAUUUGAAUAGAUAGAAAAGAUACCAGCGUCGUAUUGUUCAGAAAAUAUAUUUUAAAGAAAUAACUUUGGAAACAGGAUUAUUUAUUAAUUUAGUAGGUCAUUGUGAAGAAUAGCUUGUACAAACCAUGCAGCUUCUAAAAAAAGUUCCUAUGUAUGUACGUAAGAUGUAAUUAUUUAGUUAACUAGAGGAGUCGAGCGGGAUUCGAGUCCGGGCAGGGAAACUUCGAUGUAUUCGGAGUUCAAUCGAAGCAAAUAAAUAAACACUGGAUACUUUACAAUAAUUAUUCUAAUGAACAAAAUAGUUUUCAGCCUUGUAAUAUAUUAAGAACACGUAUGUACUAAUUAUUCUAAGCACACGUUAAACACAUCAUAAAAUAAAAGCUUCUUAAUACGUAGUAUAGUCGCAAAACACAAACAUUUACGGUUGUUGACCUCGACGCCAUUACAUCCAUAUGCCCCAUGCCACAGAAUAAAGAGAAGUACUUAAUACAGAAGUUUCACUCAAUUACAAAUUGUUAAAGACAGCUGCUAUAGAUACCAGCUAAUAAGAUUUAAAUCUUACUCAGUUCGAAGAUGCGUUAGAUUCAUAACACAUUAAUUAAUCAUUUAUACGCACGCUUGGAUUCUUUUUCUGUGCCAGCUACGACUACUAUUAUACAGAGCUGGGGCGAUUUUGACGCUAGUUACUUACUUUACUGUAAGGUCGAGAAACAAUCUCACAAGGCCAAAAUUACAGUAGAAAUAAUUAAGAAAUAUGGAGGUGUCACGUUGUUUUGUUUAUCUAUUCUUUUUUAUGCUUUUCCGUCUUUGAGAGGACUUUUACUACGAAUCAAAUAAACAAAGAAAGAUAAUAUGUAACUGUACUGGAAUAAAAGAGACACGUGCGGUGUGAUGAGUGAUUGACAACCAAAUAAACAGGGUGUUAUCGUUAAGUCUGACCCGGUGAUUACUCUGUAACUAUUACAGAUAUCAAAAACUUUAUAUCGAAAGUGCGUUGCAUAUUCAGUAAAAUGACAUCAAUCCAAUAUAUAAAAUUCUCGUGUCACGGUGUGCGGGACCGAACACCUCCGAAACGGUUUGACCGAUUCUCAUGAAAUUUUGAGUGCAUAUUGGGUAUGUUAAGGGUGGUUGAUUUUUUUUUUUUUAAUUUUUUUGACAUUUUUUUUAAAUUAGUUUGAUUAUGAGUCAGCAUUAAAAAUACAUACAACUUCAAAUUUUCACCCAUCUACGAUCAACAGUUACUUUUGUAUCGCGAUUUUAAUAUCGGCAAUGCAACAUUUGCUGGGUCAGCUAGUAACUUUAUAAAAAUCAAACUAGAAGUAUCCAAAGUUUUGUUAUUGAACUCUAAAUUCCUAAAGUUAUUAAUGUCAUUUUCAUUUUCGAUAUCAGUUUAAAGUUUUUUUGAAAUCUGUAAUAGAUAUGGAAUAAUCACCUGGUCACACUUAACUAUUGCACCUUGAAUAAUCCGCGCGCUAGUUGGUACUUUUCGUGUAAGUACCUAAAGUGCUGCGAAAUACACCUGCCUGUGUAAGCAAGACAGCAAUGUGUAUGAAAUGUACGUAUGCAAUGAGACAGAUUACAUCACGCUGAACCCGGGUAAAUAUGAGUAACAUCAAAAAGUAGUUAAAGAUACUAUCCAUAGAUGGCGCUUUUAAGGAAAAAUAAGAUUUUUUGAUUAGGUACAUCAACAUUAAGUUUGUGCUGCUAAUUUGAUGGAAAGCAUAAUUGAGAAAUGAUUUUGUGAUUUAAAAUUAAAUACUUGUACCACUAUUUAAAUAUAUUCCGAUGCUAUUGCGGAGGUUGACAAACCAAUAUGACCAAUAUCUAUUAUAUAUUAAAUUAUUAACUGAAGGUUAUCAAUUGUUAAUAUUUCUCACAAUGCAAGGAUACGUUUUCUUACUAAGCUUUAAGACUACUACUGACAGGCCAGCUUUAUUACUUUAGUGUGCAUGACAGCUACGUCUUACAACCGGGAUUUGUAUGUUACUUUGUUUUAGUGUGUGUGCGUUUGCUGAAAAUGGAGGUUAACAGUUCGCCACUAAGUAUUUUUUUUUUCGCCGUGUUCACAGCUGUCACAGUAUAUCUAGACGUACUCCGGAUAAAUGUUCCUAAAUAAGUUCCUUUAAACGUGUUCCUUAGUACCUUCCAAAUAUAAUAGUCUUCCUGAAAUAACUAACCCUGGACCGGAGUCGAAUGUCGCUCGUGCGUUACAACAAAUUAUAUUAAUAACGUUUUAAAUAUUUAAAAAAAAAUAAAAAAAUUGUAUGAGUGGUCUUGAUCUCGAAGACUAUUGAAAUUCCGUUGUUGAGGCGUACGUUUUAGUACCAUAUUUAGAGGAAAACGUGAUUUUUUACUGUUUAGGAAUUUUGAUAGUCCUAGAGAUCGGUGUAUGUAGUAAAUUUGUGGUGUUUCGAUACGCCUUGUACCCAGUGUGAUGACCAAAACCAUAGAUUUAACAUAAAGUACAAAAAACCUGUGUUACAACGGAGUUCGAGAUGGCAGUACAAAUUAAUUAUAAGUCUAGUACAGGAGGUACGAUUACAAAUUUUAGUGUGUAUUGUAGUUUCACGUGGGUACAAUGCUUAAAACAGUUAACGGUCGCACUUUAAAAAUAGAACAAUAUGUUAUUGCGAUAUAAUUUUAUGUAACAUCAAACUGUUUUCUAAAUCAAAAGAUCUCUUUUUAGUUGUAAUUAUAUUAAGUUAUGGUCAAAGUUGAGUUCAAGAGUUAAAGAUUAUUAAGAGAAUUCAAUUUUGACGAUUCGUGAAAUUAUUCCUUGUAUUUUAUUUAUUCAAUCUAGUCUUUAGUUUUAAUUUUCGUGCGACUGUACAGAUGUGGUAUUUUUUCGAAUUAUAUAAAGUCAGUGUUAUUUCUAGUCAAAUUAUUUUAUAUAUUUUACGUUUUAUUAAUAUGAAUAUCAGAAAAUCAGUCUCGAAUUACGUGUCGAGUUAACAAAGCUGGAUAAAAUGUCCUUUGAAUCAGUUAUUAUGCAAGACUUUAAUCUAACAUAACCUAGAUUUUUCUAAUGUAUUGGUAGCUAAUGCUGUUACAGAAUACUGUCAUCAAUACCUUAUUAUUACUGUCAUUGUAUUAUUGAGAAACAAAAGCAGGAGACACGAAUAAAAAACAGUCCUCACCUGCAGUCUGUAGGAGAGAAGAAGGAUAACAGAGCAAUAAAAAAUAAAAUAAUAAUAAAAUAAAUAAAUAAAAAACCCUAAGAGUGUAACCUAUUAAAACUUUGAAUAAAAACUUGUUUGUAUUCCAUUAAGUAAAGCUUCUGUGAAAGCUUCAGGUCAUCUUCCUUUGUACAUAACACCAAAUAUAUACUUAAUAGGUUGCUUGACACGGUGAUGCAUAUAAAAAAUAACUUACAUGGAGAUAUGAAACCGAAAAGAUUUUUUUCGAUAAUAGUAAAAAUGUGAAGGAUUAUUGUUUUUUAAAAUAUUUUAGAAAUUCCAACAUUGUUUGUGUUAUUCACCUUAACUAAUUAUAUUUCAACUUAAGUUAACUUAAGCUCAAGGGGGAUAAGUAACUACAUUUUUUUCCUGAUUCCUAAGAAUUAUGAUGCUUAGUAAAACUUAGAGAGCUUGGUUAAAGUGAUACCUUAAACAAUUUAAUCUUCGUUUAUUUUUCGGUUAAGCUAAAUCGUCAAAACUUAAAUUUAGGCAUACUCAGUUACAUUUGAAAAUCUCGUUAACAAUGAGAAGUUGUUUUGAUUUCUGAUAUUCAUAUUAGUAAAGUCAAAGAGAAUUAUAUAAAGGCUUUAGGAGAAAGCCUACAAGUAAUGAAUAUGGUGUGUAACUAUUGCUUAUUGUAUUAUAAAAGUUAAAAAUUGCUAAAAUAAUUAGUUAAAACUAAUAUUUAAACUAUUCUCAUAGAAAAAAAGCGAUAUUGUCGAAGAACUAAAACAUCGCAGUAUCCCCGGCUGGACUAAACUUGAAGAUUAAAAAUUACAUCCAAAACAGGCCAGCCGUAUUUAAGUCCUUAGGCAGUACACAGACAUACAUCGAUUAUUAUAAUAUAUAAAUGGCACAGGGCAUAAGGGCUAGUGCUGACACACGUUAAUUGCGGAUAUUUCAGUUGUUUUUGUCGAUAGACGUGGGAAAUAUAAGUGAGGGACAGAACAAAAUGACGUUUCGUGCUAUCUUGCCAGAGUAAAAAAGUUGAGUUAUCUGGUAUUACUCUUUAACUGAACUUACCCUUAUGUACCUUAUAUAUAAAUAUAAUACAGUCUUAUAUCUAAUUAAUGAACUUCGGACAGCUACUUUAAGCUUGGAUUUCACUUACUUCUAGCUGCUUAGAGAUAUUUUGGGGAAAAAAUUAGUUCGCAGUGCAUCCCUUACCUUAGACUAUGUUGGUAUGUCCAUACUAUGUUUUAUUAAGACCGUUUGGACAGUUUAGCCGUGAAGGAGUGACAGAUAGACAGAUUACUUUCAUAUUUAUUACGUUAACUGUAUAACAGCAGUAAAAAAGUUUAAUGUUUCAAACAGUUUUCCAGUUCGAUCGAUAUGAUAAAGCUACGGGGUAUUUUUUUCUCGUAAUCUUGAAAAUCUAUGAGCGUAGUAAAAUUGUUUUUUAAAUUAAAAUAGAGCCUUCAUUCAAUUGUUCCUUUUUAAAACUCAAUUGUAUUCGUGGCAUGGUUCGGUAGGAGUAUUGGUCCUUUUUUGUAGCCAAUUUUUUUGAAGAAACAAUAUAAUAUACAUAUUUGGAGUUUGAAGUUGCCACAUGCCUUAUAAGGUGUUAUAAAUAUUUAUUUAGUUUUUUAAUAAGUUUUUUUGUAAUAUUUAUAAGCAAUGGUUGCACACCGUCGGUCAGUCGGUAUAUGUUCCUAGUUCCGUCGGUUCGUUAUAAAAUAUUUGUUUUUCAUUAACUACGAAACAUUUCUACCGUAUUCAAUAAAUUAAAUAUACAAAAUAA